UAGAGCUGAGUAGUUCAACUGCCCAAAAAUUUUAAUUAAAGGUCAAGUUUUAAAUGCUGUUCAAUUGCGAUUAAAUCAGUUUUCUAAGUGCUCACAAGCGGUAUACUAAAAAUAAACUCACUUUUAUUUCUGAGAACUAGAAAAGAGUCGCCGUAUCGGUCAUUACUACAUUUUUCUAAAAGCCUUUAAAGACAAGUACUUGUCUAAAACAAAAGAAAUGUUAUUAAGGCAACGACCCACUCAAUCUAGGCCUUAAUGGACUUUAUUCUCUGGCAAGCAAAUGGGUAUAAUGUAAUCACUGAUUUACUUGAGGUACUCCACAGCAGACCAGUUAAACACGACACACCGUGCAUGAGGGCGGACUGUCUAUACUCGUAUUCAGAUUCAACAAGCCGUGAAAUUUUACAGCAAUGUACAACAACUCAAAUCAAAGCAAUAAUCCCACAUGGGGAGGCGAGAGUUACGCCGCGUUUUACGACGCUGUCUGCGUUCUAAACGUGGUGUUCUCGCUGACGGCCUUUGCUGGAAAUUUCCUCGUCCUCGGCGCAAUUUGGAGCAAGCCAACUUUACAUAAACCAACUAAUAUUCUACUCUUGGGACUCUCGCUGUCUGACCUGGCAGUCGGUUUGAUUGUCCAGCCGUUGUUCAUUGUGGUUUUGAUUUACGAAGUGAGCCGAGAAAAAUAUCCAGUUCUUCGUCUAAUCUUCAGAUCCAUUCAAGCCUUCUUCGUCUCCGCUACAAUUUUGACGCUCACCUCGGUCAGCGUGGACAGAUGUCUUGCUCUCAUACUGCAUCUCAGAUACGUUGCUGUCGUUACCGUAAAGAAAACUAUCCUCGUACUCUGCCUCAUCUGGCUAGCAAGCGUGGUGUAUGCCGUAACGUUCCUCAUUGACAACGAGCUACGUCGCCCAGUUUCGUUCUUCGUUGUCACUCUAUGCAUCGUGAUAAACACAUCGACGUGCUCGACGAUUUAUCGCAUUUGUCGACGGCACCGAAUUCAGAUUCAGAAUCAAUCACUGCCAAACCAAGCCGAGGUCUUUGACAUGAAGCGUUACAGAAAAUCUCUCAUCACCAUGAUAGUCUUACUAAUGUUACUUAUUAUCUGUUAUACUCCUUAUAUUUGCGUUCGCGCUCUUAUUGCCUUCACCGAUUGGCCUAUCUCGCCUCGCAGAAUAUUUAUGUUGAGAUGGUCAGCCUUUCUUGUUUAUCUUAACUCGUCAAUCAAUCCCCUGGUUUACUGUUGGCGUAUUCCAGCGAUGCGCGUUGCAAUUAAACAGUUUUGGAAAUCAUUGCUUCAUCGUCAUUCAACUUAAAAUCAUUUCUCAUAAAAAACUGAAAAGAACAUUUAAUAUACAGUAACCAAAGAGAUAAGUGAUGUUAUUGAAGGUACAUGGGUAUGUAAGAUCGAUGGCAGUCAUAUAAUGUAAUUUGCGACAAACCUAUUCUGCACGGGCGUGGCGCAGGGAGCUUGGGACGGGUUUGAAGCGCGCAGUGAAUUAAUAGGCUUAGAGUCUGUAAAUGGUAUCUCCGAGAGGUUAGCAUGGUAGGACAUUCUAGGGUCAGCCUCCGCCGUGCGGGAGAAUUCAAGCCUGAUCUUCAUUUACUUUGUCAUACAGUAAUGAAAUGUUUCUUUAGCGUUGAUAUAUAGUUAGACUCCAGUAAGAUCCUAUGUUAGCAAGCAAUUUGUGCGGUAGUAUGUCGAGAAACGACAACUUUGAAACUUAAGAGUGCUAAUAUUAUCCCUAGGUCGGGUUCCCCGUUUAUUCCAAGCUGUUGGAUUGCAGGAGUUUCUUUCGUGUGCUCGUAAACCUAGUUUAAACCUUCCGAAAUGUCUUGCUAAACAAUUGUAACAUCUAUUGAGAUUAAAUAAAUGGUACUGCAGCUAACCUGGUCAGCGGGUCUGAAAUAACCGUGAUGUGUGUCCGGAUUUCUAGCAAAAAAAGUAAAUUAUUAAAGGAAGUUUUAAAGUUUACGUAAUAUACAUGGCUACUCAGUUCAAUCCAGAAUUUCACCAGGAAUUAGAUUUUAUAGUUUGGGCUUUUUGCGCACCCGCCCUGUACUCGACCCAGAAAUUAACCGGUCCCCCCUCCCCCCUACCCCAGUGCUAAUGCUACUCCAGUGUUGCAAUUUUUUUCUCGCUGACACAAAGUCGUUUAAUUAACAAAUGACAUCAUUUGAGAAUGAUGUCGCAAAAUAAAACAACUUGCGAAAUUGAAGUGCAAAUAUGUCUCUUUAAGACAAAUAUCUGAACUCAUAUGGUUACGGAAAAUAAUUAAGAGGAGUAUGUCUCAAUUGGGGUCCCAAAAAGUU